AGAGCCUCGGUCAACGAGCAGCUCCAAGGCCGUGUAGGGGUGGGGCGGCGGUAUUUGGAGCGCAGGGUAGCUGUGAGCGGUUCCAUACACCGCAUGGAGGUAUAGGCACAAACUUGGUGUAUUUGUGCAGGGUCAGCAUGGCUGCUGGAAGCUGGAGAAUACCUGUGGCCUGUGUGGCGGUGUACAUCUACACUGUGGUGGCCCAGUUUGACUGGCAGACACAAGACAACUUUGAUUUUAUUGAUCAAAAGUUCAAACGUGUGAGGGAAGACAACUGUGAGCUGCUACCAUUUGCUGAUCUGUUUCUGCCUGAAAGUACUGUGUCACAUAAGCCAGAUAUCAAAGACAUCAACGUCAACCCAGUGCUGCCAAACCGGACACACAUGCUGUACCUGCACAACCUUGUCCUAAGCCGGGGGUAUUUCUUCAGCUAUGUGAUCCAGAGCAGGUUCAAGCGGCCCUCCCACCAGGGGAUCGAACAGUCAGAGCUGGACCCUGGCAUGAUGUACUACUUCCUCUCCGUUGUCGCCGACAUCAGCUCCAGCCCCUACAUCAACGGCAGCGCCAUCUACUUCGCGCCCAACACCUCCUACUCACCCUCUUACCAGGCCAACUUCAACCAGACGUUCCCGCUGUUCGCUCCUCGAGCGUUCCGCGCUGACGACUACAACUACCCGUUUCACCUGGAGCGGAUAUCGACGCUGAACACGGUUGAGGUGUCCGACUUGGGCGCCUUUGAGAAGAUCCGGCAGAGCAAGAACUACACCAAGGAGGAGUACCGCAUAAACCGUUGGUACUACAAGUGGUUACCGGAUCAGCGGCAAACGCAGGCUUCCAAGACCACGUACCACAUCAAGAUCCGCUACGCCAACAACACCAACGAGACGUACACCUUCCACGGCCCGCCCGCCAAUGACGAGACGCCCGGCCCGGUCAACUGGACGCAGCCGUACUUCGACUGCGGCCGCUCCAACAAGUGGAUCAUGGGCGCAGCCGUACCGAUCGUCGACCUCUACCACAGGCACACGGGCUUCAGACACAUCGAGUACCCCACCUACACGGCGGUGGCCGUCAUUGAGAUGGAUUUCGAACGAAUGGACAUAAAUCAAUGUCCGCUGGGAGAGGGCAACAGCGGCCCAAACAUCUUUGCGGACACCGCGCGCUGCAAAAAGGACACAACGGAGUGUGAGCCGCUGGACGGGUACGGGUUCCGCCGCGGCGGCUACCAGUGCCGCUGUAAGCCCGGCCACCGACUGCCAAACGUGGUGCGGCGCCCCUACCUGGGCGAGGUGCUCGAGCGGGCCACCACCGAGCAGUACCAGAACGCGUUCCACUGCGAAAAAAUUGGCUGGAUUCAUAAAACCAUCCAGGGUAAAGCGAAGCUGGAUCAGUUUACCAGGUACCAGCAUCUGAACCGGCACUUCUUCAAAAACUACACUGUCAAGCCCAACGAUACCUUGGCUCAGCCACCUGCCGAAAACGUGAUGCCUCUGCUAGAGUUCUUAAAGGAGGUCAAAACCGGCGACUGCACCAAGUACCACCCGAAAGACCUGCAGCUGCGCGGCGACGUCAUGUACGGCGCCGAAAAGCAGAUGGAGAAUCAGGCCCGCCUGGCGCUCCGGCUGGCCAACUUUAUCUCGGCCUUCCUGCAGGUGUCGGACCCGGACGAGGUGUUCUCCGGGAACCGCGUGGCAGACCGCCCGCUGACCGAGGACCAGAUGAUGGGCGAGGUGAUCUCCAUGCUGAUGGGCGACACCUGGAUCUGGGGCGCCGGCAUCUUCUGGGACAGGAACAAGUUCUACAAUCGCACCCUGUUCGCGCCGUACGCCUUCAAGAAGGAGCUGAAUCCGCGCAACCUGAACAUGGAGGACCUGGCACGACUCAACAAGUCCGAGGAGGUGUACCUGAACAAGCCGAUCUUCCGUGAGGUGAAGGCCCGCUGGUCGACCAACUUUGACUCGCUGGAGAAGAUCUGGCUGAAGAUGCUGUUCCGUUCUCAUCCGCGCGGAGACAAUAUCUUCCUGCGCAAGUACACCAGAUACCCGGAUUACUUCUUGGCGGCCAAGCUAGAAGACGGCUACUGGUCGCCGCCCUACUACGACUGUCACGGCUUCCACCCCAUGUGGAUGAUCACCUACGCCGUGCCGUUCUUCGGCUGGGAUGACCUGAAGCACAGCGUCGAGUUCAAGGGAAUGGUGAGCGUGUCCAUGAGUGCCGAGAAACUGGACAUUAACCAGUGCGACCACGACUACUGGGUGGCUAACGCCUUCAAGGACACGCACAAGUGCGACAGGAGGUCGUCUUACUGCGUGCCGAUCCAGGGUCGCGGCUUCUGGACGGGCGGCUACAAGUGCGCCUGCAAGCAAGGCUACGAGUACCCGUUCGAGGACCCCAUCACGUACUUCGACGGACAGCUGGUGGAGGCCGAGUUCCUGAACCUGGUCCAGAACAAGGAAACGAGGUACGACUACUACAAGUGUCGGCUGGCGGGCGCCCAGCGUCCGCAUGUCAGCUGUCUGGCGGUGCUGGCGCUGCUGGCGGCCGGCCUCCUGCGUGGUCUCGCCGGCUGAGGCGCUCCGCUGGCCGCCGGCCCACGCCGACCUGACGCCGCCCCGCGCCUGACGCCCGGGGCAGCAGCGCUCGCCCCGUGCCUCGGUGCCACCCUGGCGUCGGUGGCCGCCCGAGCAGCAGCGACGGCGGUAGGCUGGCGCCCGGCCGAAGCCGUGGUGGUGCCGUGUGUGUGAAUAUGUCAGAAGAUGCUGCUGGAACCUCAGAGUGUGUGGAAUCUCAGAGCGGCUCUCAUGUAAUCUCAUAGCAACUGCGAUGUAAUCUCAAAGUGACAUUUGGCCGAUGGUUUCGUGCCAGACGUAGUUUAUUUUUAGGUUGGAUCCAGUGCAAAGUGCCUGAAACGUGUUAAGGUUAUGAAUAGCAUCGAAGUAAGGGUUUGUAGUCUUUUAGUUGAGUGGCACGCACAAGGUGGGCAUUUCAUGGAGAGCCCACCGUCUUCGAGUACGCACAGCUAAUCUUGUAGGCUUGUUUUGUAUUUUAAGCUAUCGGGUUCCGGUAAUCAUUCCCAGUGCGUCGUGCCGCUGCACAUGCGUUUGUAAUUUGUACUGGAGGAUUGGAGCCAUUGUGAUUCAUUUUUCGUCAUCCACCUGGAAUGCCUGUAAGUGGAUAUGAUUGCCAUGAGUGUCUGUCCGAGUCCGGUGCACAUGAUCAAGGACUGGUGUGAGAAAAUUGCGCCCGUUUUGACAACAUCGCCGAAGGCUGCGCUUCUGUUCCACUCUAUUUUCACGGAAUGCAUCGUCAGUGUAUGUUUAUACAUUUCGCUGUAGCGUUUGAUGUGUUUGUGUUGUAUCUGAUGGCAUUUUGUUCGCCAUCGCCUUGUGUUUAGUCGGGUCGUAUGGACCCGUGCUGGCCGUCCCAAAGUCGUCCGACCUGUUGGACCUGGCUGUGACCUAACCAUGGUCAGCCAGCUGUCCGCAGAUUACGGCGAGAGCUUCGUCUCUCACCCGUGUGGUUGUCGCCUGUUGAUGUCUGAAUGCACGUUAUCAAGGACAUGUGUGAGAAAAUGCGCCCGUUUUGACAACAUCACCGAAGGCUGCGCUUCCGUUCCACUUUAUUUUCACGGAAUGCAUCGUCAGUGUAUGUUUGUGCAUUUCGCUGUAGCACGUGAUGUGUUUGUGUUGUAUCUGAUGGCAUUUUGUUCGCCAUCGUCUUGUGUUUAGUCGGGUCGUAUGGACCCGUGCUGGCCGUCCCAGUCGUCCGACCUGUGGGACCUGGCUGUGACCUAACCAUGGUCAGCCAGCUGUCCGCAGAUUACGGCGAGAGCUUCGUCUCUCACCCGUGUGGUUGUCGCCUGUUGAUGUCUGCUUGCGUCCGUGUCGGAGUGUGAAUGGGAGCCCCGCCGUUUUGGUAUGUCGUGUCCGUCCGCUCUGUGCCUGCUGUGUGCCGGCCUCGCGCCGGCCCAGCGCUGCUCUCAUCUGUUGGCAUUGGGACACACUGUGCUCACAUACUGAGCACGGCAUGGCCACCAUCACCUGUCGUCCGUGUUAACGUGUGGCCCAGAGCGCCGUCCAUGUGCGUGAAUAAAGCUGGGUGUGUGGUGCGCCCCUAGAUACCGUCGAUGUGGGUGAAUCCAGCCAUGUGUGUGGUAUGCCCCUGGAUGCCGUCCAUAUGGGUGAAUCCAGCCAGGUGUGUGAUGCAGUUUUGUAUACUGUCGAUGUGAGUGAAUCCAGCCUAGUGUGGUGGGCCCCUGGACACCGUCCAUGUGAGUGAAUCCAGCCAUGUGUGUGGUGCGCCCUGGAUACUGUCCAUGUGAGUGAAUCCAGCCAUGUGUGUGGUGCGCCCUGGAUACCGUCCAUGUGAGUGAAUCCAGCCAUGUGUGUGGUGCGCCCUGGAUACCGUCCAUGUGAGUGAAUCCAGCCAGGUGUGUGGCGCGUCCUUGGAUACCGUUCACAUGAGUGAAUCCACCCUGGUGUGUGGUGCGCCCCGGGAUACCGUCCACAGGAAAUGAAUCCAGCCAGGUGUGUGGCGCGUCCCUGGAUACCGUUCACAUGAGUGAAUCCACCCUGGUGUGUGGUGCGGCUUUGGAUACCGUCGAUGUGAGUGGAUCCAGCCAGGUGUGUGGCACGUUCUUAGAUACCGUCCAGACGAGUGAAUCCAGCCUGGUGUGGUGCGCCCCGGGAUACCGUCCACAGGAAAUGAAUCCAGUCUGGUGUGUGGUGCGGCUUUGGAUACCGUUGACGUGAGUGAAUCCAGCCUGGUGUGUGAUGCGCCCCUGGAUACCGUCCACGUACGUAAAUAAAGCUGGGUGCAUGUUGCGGCCUUGGUUACCGCCCAUGUGAGUAAAUCCAGCCUGGUGUGUGGUGCGGCCGUGGUUACCGUCCAUUGGAGUGAAUCCCACGGGGGUGUGUUUUAGCCAUGGUUACCGUUGAUGCGAUUUAAUCCAGCCAGGUGUGUGAUGUGUUCCUGGAUACCGUCCACUGUAGUGAAUCCAGCCAGGCGUGUUGCGGCCCUGGAUACAUUCCAUGCGAGUAAGAGAAGCUAAUUUUGUUCAAGCACAUGUUUGUAACCGUUUCCAAAUAAACCACGAAAUGCC